UCUCAUUUUAGAGGACGAGUGUUGGUAGCAAUUGCGUUGGCGCUCUGAUUACUUCCCGGUUCAUCCUGACAGCAGCCCACUGCUUCAGGUUUGAGGACAAUCCAAAAUCGAUCUCGAUUACAACGGACAUCAAACCACAUUUGAAGUUGAAUGUUAAAACGUUUAAAAUGCACCCUGACUAUGACAUCCAAGCGAAGAAGGAUCAGGGAAUACCAGAGUUUUACGAUUACGAUGUCGCUCUCAUUCAGCUGGAUAAGGAUGUGAAGUUCGACGUGAAAAUCAGGCCAAUCUGUAUUCCCUGCACUAAGGAAACCAGCCAGGCCUUAGGGCUGCCAGAUACUGCGACGUGUAAGGAACAUGAGGACAUCCUCUUAAAAAGUAAAUUUGAACAGGCAAGCUUUACAGCUGCAACUACUUACAUAAAGAAAAAUGUCACCAUCAAGCUAGGCGCUCAGAGGGACAGUUGUAUUGGAGAUGCUAUAUAUGCAGAAAGAAUGAAUGUGACAAAAGCCAGUGACAUUGUGACAGAUAACUUCCUGUGCACGGGAGGGAUUGAAGGCGAAACGAACAACAUCGCAUGCAAAGGUGAUUCGGGUGGAGCUUUGUAUGUAGAAAGGAAGAAACGUUUGAUCCAGGUGGGGGUUACAAGCUGGGGUGUCGAAGAUUUGUGCAAAACCAGCAAUACAAUUAUUUCUAAAGAGCAUUCCCGGGAUUUCCACAUUAAUAUGUUUAAAGUUCAGCCAUUCAUCAGAGAAUACCUGGAAAAAAAAGAUGAGGAUUAUGGUCCAACAGCUUUUAUCAACUGACCAAGUUUAGUACUUUAAUCUUUUGGAUCGUGUGGUAAAUGUUUUUUAUUGAAAUGCUAUUCAUGUGCUUAUCAGAAUGUAAUUAAAUUUCCACUUUUUGUGUGUCUAAUUUAGUGUAUUACAAAUGUUCUUCAUGUA